AUGGAAAGGGAACAAAAUGGAUCUCAGGAAUUCGAGAUGCAAGGAGGGGAUGACUGGCUUAGUGAUGGAGAGGGCAGAUUCCGCCUCGUCAGCACCCCGCCCGAGGGUCAGUUCCCGCUGCAGAACGGUUCCCACAUCAAGUUUGAGCCUCCAAGGGUACCGGUCAUCUUCGUGCUCGGCGGACCUGGUAGCGGGAAGGUGACACAUUGCGACUCGCUGAUGCAGGAGAAGAGAGGUGUCACUCACAUCAACAUGACAGACCUCCUGCAGCAGUACACAGAUGAGCCAUCAACAUUGGGUACAGAGAUGAAGGACUUCGGGCAGUUGUCGAGCAAGACGGUAACGGAAGUAUUGAUGCUUGAGAUCAAGAUGGCGCCUGCAGCCAAAGCCUACUUAGUGUCCGGCUAUCCCCGCAACAUGAGAGAUGUAGUUGAAUAUUCUAACAAGAUACAGAUCGUAAGUGGAGUAAUCCUAGUGGCUUGGCGUGAGAAAGUCCUGGAGAGGCAAAUAGAUUAUGGUGCCAAGUUGGGCCAUGUGGUUCUCGGCUUGGCUAGGAUGGAGCUAUCCAAUUUCUACAAGAAUGUUGUUCCAGUUGCCGACUACUACGACCAGAGAGGCAUGCUCAUAGCGAUAAACGGGGAACGACAUCCGUCUGAAGUCUAUACAGACUUCCGUUCAGCUGUGUUGCGGUUUCUCGGGUCCCAGGACAAGACGGCGGUUGCCGCCCCUAACGGCACUGCCAUAACUGUAGCACCGACGACUACCGCUUCCGUCUACAAGCCACCGGGAAAAGGAUAUCCUCCCGUUAUCUGGAUCAUAGGAGGUCCUGGGAGCAACAAAUCAUCCUUGAGUCAGAAAGCUGUACGCCAUGCUUCAGGGUGGGUGUCCCUAAGCGUAGGGCGUCUGUUGAGAGCUGCAGCAGAGACAUCGGAAGGAGCAGCAAGCGAAGACGCUCAAGACAUCCGAAAAGCCAUCGUCGCUGGCGAGAUGGUUGAACAGGAUGUAGUUCUGCAACUGGUGGAGACUCAACUCAACACGAACAUGAACGUACAAGGGAUACUGCUGGAUGGAUUCCCUCGAGACAUCAAUCAAGUUCAUAAGUUCGAGGAUAAGUUCAAUCAACAACCGAAGUUAAUACUCCUAGACUGCUCAAAACUACAGUUGGGUCGAGGGCGUCUGGACGACAGCAUUGCAGCAUUCAGGAAGAGGCUGGAGCUCUUCCGGGAGAUGACUCUGCCAAUGCUGAAGACGUUGGAUAAUGAAAGUAGACUAUCUAUUGUGGAUGGGGAUACCGACUCCCCUCAGGUACAAGAAGAGUUCACCCGUAUGGUGUUGCAACAAAUAGAUUACCUGAAGAACGCUGACGGCUUGAUAGUUCCUGAGCCUGUAAUACCCAAUGGUAGCAUCACCCACCAUAACGGCAACCACAUUGCCAACCAUGUUACUAACCACGUGGUCAACCAUACAGCCAACCACGUGUCCAACGGCUACCCAGACACGACCACAGUACUGGAUUUAGAGGAAGGUGACGAGCCUACACCCGUCCACAUGAACGGUUACGGUCCGACCCGACCUACCAUCAGUGACAUCGGAAGGACCAUGGACUCAUACCACCAGAGGACCGAGCAGAACGGCGGUCUCUUUGGGGGACCCACGAUACCGAACCGGCCUUCUAGAGAGACCAUUCGCAACAUGUACGCCCAAGUUGACCGGUACCCCAUGGACUCUAAUAUAUGAACAUUCUUUAGGGAGGCAGAUGGAGGGGACGUGAUUAAGAGGUACUAGAUGUCAAGGUGUGAUGACGUUUUCUGAUGGAGCUGGUCGUAAAAUUACACAAAUAUUAAAAUUAGUUACACUAUUUAAAAACAACUACAAUUUCUUUAGUCAUAAUAAUUUCUGAUUACCAAGCUGUUAACAAAAACUAACAAAGUAAAUUUCAUAGCAAUCACAAAUAUUAUAAAUGUGAGUAAUUAAAUGGAAACUCCAGAGUAUCGAAUAAAGCACUGUAACGUAAUAAAAACAAUAUAAUACAUACAAAUAGACCGACUGACGGAGUGUCCUUGUACCUUUUGAUCCCAAAAUCAUUCUUGAACCAAGAGAAACCAAAGAUUUAAACCUAUAGGACGUUUCUAGUAAGACAUCACACAAGUAGACUGACCGAUAAUGCAGACACGAUUUUAAACAUUUCCUUUAAACAAGUCUUUAUAAAUCACUGAUUUCUUUUAAUGAUUAAAAUGACUGCAUUUAUUGCUGUAAAAAAUGAAUAAAUAUUUGUUUAUUAAUUUUAAAUUUUGCGACUUUAAGUGAAAGUUAAAAAAUUAACCCAAAAGUGAAAUAGAAUUUUUUAUUAUUGGGUAAUAUGUAUUUUAUUUGGUAGCAAUAAUUUUUAAAAUUAAGAAUACCUUUUCGUGUAAUGAAACUGAUACGUGAUUAGUUUAAGUAGAUAUAUUAAACAAGUAUGUUAAUUCAAAGCGAAAUUAAAAAGGCGAUAUAAUUAUAACGUUUAGAGCAAAGAACAACACAUUUUGGAGUUUUACAACAACCAUGACCAAAUAACCAUAAAUUUCACAGUUAGUCUAUCACACAACAUGAACAACUUUCUAUUUUAAUUGUAACAUCUCAGUACCUCGUAUAGUAGUAUUAUAAAGUUGUAACAGCCUAUAGUCAUCGUUCAUCUGUACUUUAGGGGCAAAAGAUAUCAUUAAAAUUCUGUAUAGAUUAUUAAAAAUUAAUGUCCAGCUCUGAAGUUAACUGUCGAAAUGCUAGUACCAUCUGGCAUGCCCCUGAGUGGUUUUUGUUUCCUCCCGAAUAUUAAGUAAGAACUUAAGUGAUUUUGAGUGUUAUUAAAAGUAAACACUGAUAGACAAACAAUUCACAUAUUCACCUAAC